AUGCGAUCGAAGAACAUGAAGCACAUGACAGGGAAAUCGCAGUUGACACAUCUACGGUGUUGCAAGAUACCAAAGAGCAUUGACAGUUGCAUUCUCGGCGAUAUGGGCCUCUGUGAACCUGUUUCAAUCCUGCGCCGAGGCAGAAGGAAGGCGAGACUACAGGCAUCUAUGGGACUGCAGUUGAGAGACAUCCAGGUGUUGUUUCUGGUACUGAUGGUUGUGGCUGAACCGUUUCUUCGCUGUGCCGCUGCGGCUGGUGGCAUGGCCACCCGAACGAGAAUGGCCACGCCUGCAGCCGACGACGAUCCCUUGGUGACACUCACGAACUGCUUUCCCAGCGUAAUACUCAGUGCUUCGAACAUCCCAUACACCUGCGAAGUUAACAAUGACCAAACACUGAGUGGCUUGAACCUCUCCGCAUCGUACUACACCUCAGUUCUCAUUCCUGGAUGGCCGGCGACUCUUGAUGCGGGAACCAAUACCAUUACAUUCGUGCCUAUUUGGGGGGCACCUUCAGGACGUUGGGAAUUGGUCAUUACAACGUUUUCUGACGUUGAAGUAACAAACGUUCCUCUGACGACCAAUAAGAGCAUGAACUUCAUGGACAUCCGUGCGACCCGUGCGGAUUUUGCUACACUCCAUCCGUAUUACGGUAUGGGAGUCUCGUGGGAACCCAAUCUCCCGAGCGGCACC